CUCAGAGUGGGCUUUAAAGACACAAACAUCCACUUCACACCUGAUGAUCUCCCACACCUGCCAUGGCAGCGCUCAGCUUGUUCUCCCUUUUCUUGCUGGCCGUCAUGGUCUCAGCUGGAGGUAGACCAGCGGAUUGUUGCCGCAGGAUCAGGGACACACAAGUCCACCAGGACCUGCUGACCAAGUACUACGUGCAGAGGCCGCCAUCUUGUUCUCUGCAUGCUGUGGUGUUCACCACACGGCGAGGCAAGAGAAUCUGUGCUGACCCUGACAAGUUGUGGACAAAGACCAGCAUGGCACACCUGGAUGGACACAAGUGUCAUGGCCAACAUUUCACCAUGCGAAAGGAGGACCCGGUUUUUCAUCGACUGUAGUCAUUUGCUAUGGACAACUUUGUACUGCGUGUGUUUGAAUUGGGGCUGUCAAAUUUAACGAGAUGACUCAUGCGAUUAAUCAAAAAUAAAUGCCUCGUUAAUCACGUAUCUACUCAGAUUAAUCGUGCUUAUUAUUGGGAGCGCACAUUCUCCUUUACAUUAAUCAUGUGUGGUUCCCUGGAAUGUGAGGAAUGAGAAAUACUGUGGUCCUUUUCCCGCUGAUGUAUACAAUGCAAGUGAGUGAUAACCUGUGAUUAAUCAUGAUUAAUCCAAAUUCAGAAGUGUGAUUUUGUCUGAUUAAAGAGUGAGAAGAAAUACUGGGGUCUUUUUCCCGCUGAUUUAUACAAUGCAAG